CAAUCGAGAGUUGCUAUUCAUAUUAGCAGCUGCUGUUCGGUGCAGACGGCUCUAGCUGCAGAUACUACCUAUUGACUUCACUGGAGUUUGUACACCGUUGUCAUUUCUGUUUAACUUUUUGUUUCCUUUCUUGCUAACCAUAUCCCUUGGUUGGGGCUGGUUGUUUAAAUGUUUUUUUAUCUGCGAGUCGGCUAGACAUUCUAACAAUUCGUCGUUUGUGCUCGCUAGCUACAUUAGCGAUACCGUCAGUACAGCUGCUUGGCCAGCUUAAUUUCAGUUGCUAACGAGCCAAAUCAGUCUUAUUCAGUUCGACAUUUUCAUGCUUUACAGUAAACUUUCGGUUUAUUUUAGAGAUGGAGAACGUUAGUUCAUCUACAUCCCACGCAUUUGAGUCAGAGGGAUUCAGUCCACCAUACAGGAGGAGAAGGACAGUGGAGGAUUUCAACAAGUUCUGCACAUUUGUCUUGGCAUAUGCUGGCUACAUCCCCUAUCCUCAAGAGGACUCUCCCCUGCGUAGUAGCUCCAGCCCCCCCAACAGUACAGGCAGCACAGCUGACAGUGAUGGCUGGACGUCCAGGCUCCCCUCCACCUGCCCCCCACGCCCACCUAAAGCCCCCCAGGACAGGAGCAGGAAACGCCCCCGCCCCGCAGGCCUCGCUGGAACAGCCGUCUCAGGCCAGGGUAAAAAGGAUCUCGACCAUGUCGGGCCCACUCUCCACCCAGGCGACCGCAGGAAAGCAGACAAGCUGAAGAAAAGGCGUAAAGAGAACCAGGCUGGCGAGCCGAGCACCACCCAGCAGGCAGCCCACGCUGCGACCUCAGAGCCCCAGCACGCCCCCUCUCUAGGAGGGCGGCUAAUCAAAGAGGAGCCUGAGGAUGACAUCACCAUCCCCCUUCCCCCUCCGUCCUCUCUCUGCCCUCCAAGCCCCUCCCCCUGUAAGCAGGAGCCCAAUGAGGAGCGUCAGUGCUGGGAAGGGCCAGAGCUGGAGGAGGGCAUGGUGAAGGUGGAGAAGACGGACGGGUUGCCAGGAAACCGGACCGUGUUCCGUCAGGGGAAACAGGUGGUGUUCCGAGACGAGGAUGGAUCAGGAGAGGACGAGGAUAUCAUGGUGGACUCUGAUGACGACUCAUGGGACCUGGUGACCUGUUUUUGUAUGAAGCCGUUUGCGGGCCGUGCGAUGAUCGAGUGUAACCAGUGUAAUACCUGGAUCCACCUGUCCUGUGCCAAGAUCAGGAAGAGCCAUGUCCCCGAGACGUACAUGUGUCAGAGCUGCCGGGACACGCAGGGCACGGCAGACACACGGCGUUCCCACCGCUCACGCAUCGGCCCCCGCAAACAUCUGCUGGACUAACCCCCAGCCUCCAGCCCUCACCCCAGCCUCCAGCCCUCACCCCAGUACACCCCAGCCUCCAGCCCUCACCCCAGUACACCCCAGCCUCCAGCCCUCACCCCAGUACACCCCAGCCUCCAGCCCUCACCCCAGUGCACCCCAGCCUCCAGCCCUCACCCCAGUGCACCCCAGCCUCCAGCCCUCACCCCAGUACACCCCAGCCCUCACCCCAGUACAC